AUGCCCUGCUUGUCGGGAGGAGAUCUUGGAGAUGUGGGAUUAAACACAGCUCUUGAGAAGGAGGCCCUCCCAAUGCACUCGUCAGGAGGAGCUCCUGGCGAGCUGGGAUUAAACCCAGCUUGUCGGGAGGAGCUCCUGGCAAAGCUGGGAUUAAACCCAGCUCAUCGGGAGGAGCUCCUGGCAAAGCUGGGAUUAAACCCAGCUCCUCGUCGGGAGGAGCUCCAGAAACCCAGCUCGUUCGAGGAGGGUCCUGGCGAGCUGGGAUUAACCCAGGCUUGUGGGGAGAGCUCCCUGGCGAGCUGGGAUAAACCCCAGCUCGUUCGGAGGCACUCCUGGCGAGCUGGGAUUAAACCCAGCUCGUUGGGAGGAGCUCCUGGCGAGCUGGGAUUAAACCCAGCUCGUCGGGAGGAGCUCCUGGCGAGCUGGGAUUAA